AUGAAGGGGUUUCUGUCACUUCUCAAGGCCGCUGGUCAAACCCUGUGGGAGCACACAGGCUGGGAUGCGACUCGCAAAUAUCUCUUUUCCGUCAUCUUCGUCUCCGUGGUUGCCUCCAAAAUCCUCCAUAUCUACACUCAUACGUACUAUCUGACCCUUAAUCGCUUCCUCGUUUGGGGCUCGACUUUUUGCCUACAAGAUGUUCUGUUUCUUCUUAUCGCACGCGCUUUUGCCAGGUCGUUCCAACGCUGGCCGCUCCGGGUUAUGGGCGGCGUGGCCGUCAUCUUUCUCAGCUUAUACCUCUCGCUCUUGGCCUCAGCGACCAUCUCUUUUUAUGCCGUCAUGGGUCGCGACUUCCAUUGGGGACCGGCGAUUGGAUUUUUCGGGGACAUGGUAGACGCCUUAUCCCUGGUGAUAGGCAUCUUUGGUGUCAUCUUUUUCGAGAUUGUCAUCUUAGUCGGCUCGUACUUCGCUACACCAUAUGCAUACGAGGUUACCGGGAGGUUCACCAAGAUUUGGUCUUUCUCCGUAUCGGCCCUGCUGCGUUACGUCCUUCGGAAGAAAAAACAACAGCCUCUCCCAGAUCCGGGCGUCUACGAGCAGGUUGCGCUCGAUGACCAAGAAGAUGAUAAGAGCGACAGUGAGUUCGGAUUGCCCAUGGAGCCGCUCCGGCCCCGCGAGAGCCCCUGUGACGACCCUCCUGGAUCCUUGAUGAAGCGCAUCGUCAUCAUUUCGGUUAGUUUGAUCGUCAUUUUACUCAGUUGCGUUCGACCCUAUGAUCUGGGGUAUCGCAUUCUCUCCCGUACCCUUGCUGUCGUGCCUUUCACAGCCCGUGCGCAUCCAGUUUUUGAGGGCAUUGAGUACCUGCCUGGCGAUUACAGCUGGCUGGAAGGUCACACCGCGUUGGACAUCCCUCCGGUCCUCGAUUGGUUACCUCCUGAUGAGCCGCUGGCCGGGUUCAAGGAUUGGUAUUCCCUUCCUUUGAACAAGCGCAAUCAACAGGCUCCCAGGAAUUACAUCCCAAUCCAUUACAACCCGGCCAAAGAUCCGCUGCACACACCGAACCUUCAGAAUGAUAUCCUCGAGCCAUUGCGGGAGGCGCUUAGUAGCGAAGACGUUAAGGUCAAGCAUAUUGUCCUCGUGAAGCUGGAGAGUAACCGACAGGACGUGUUCCCUCUCCAUGCUGACUCCUAUAUAAUGCAGCGCGUCAGGGAGUCUUACGGCGGUAAGAUCCCGAAAGAGGUUGAGGAUCGGUUGUCCCAUCUCACGCCUAAUGCCGAGCAUUUCACUGGAUUCGACAAUGGAUUCGACAAAAAUGAUCAAGACCGUCCCAAGCCCCGCGGUGGCCUCAGCGCCAAAAACGCCUACACCAGCGGCACUUUUACUCUCAAGAGUAUUACGGGCUCGCACUGCGGUCUGAACCCACUGGCAAUCGAUAUGAACCGCGAGUGGUUGUACGACAUUUACCAACCGUGUCUGCCACAGAUCUUGGAAGCAAUGAACCGCCAACCCAACAUCACGAGUGAAACGGAUGACUGGACUUCUUGGCCGUGGCACACAAUGUGGAUGCAGUCCGUAAGUGGCGAUUACGACUACCUGACUCAUCUGAUGCCCGUUCUGGGAUUCCAGGAUCAGAUGAACAAGGAGACCAUCGACCAGAUCGGCGGCGAGUAUGCUCCCGACGGGUCGCAGGUGGUUCCCGAGCGUGGCUACAUGGAUAAAGUGCUAAAGAAUUAUUUCCGCGACGUGAUUGCUGAUGCCGAGCGGAACCACAAGCGUCUGUUUCUCAGUCAUCUGACAGGCGCUACGCACCUUCCUUGGAAUCUUCCGGGCCACCAGUACGAAGACCUGGUGGCUGAUAGGGAUCGGACGCUGAACGACCACUUGAACCGAUAUCUGAACAGCCUGGUCUACCAGGAUCAAUGGUUGACCGAGAUUCUGAAUAUUAUUCAGGAGGCCGGUGUUGCUGACGAUACUCUUUUCGUCAUGGUUGGCGACCACGCUGUUUCCCUCCCCAACGACGGAGGCGUAACACCCCACGACAGCCCACACGUCCAAAACGAGCACGUCCCGCUAGUCUUCUCCCACCCCAAACUCCCGCAAGUCGAAAUUGACCUCCCCGUCCAAUCCACUCAAAUCCUCCCCACGAUCCUCGACCUCCUCCUCCAAACCCCCUCCCUCAACCCAACCUCCCAUCAAAUCGCCCAAGACCUCCUCCCCAUGUACCAGGGGCAAUCCCUCAUCCGCCAGCUCAUCCCGGAGCACAAACAUACGAAAGAAUGGCACAUCACCACCCUGAACACCGGAGGGUCAUGGAUUGCCUUGCGCUCCGCUACGAAGCAGUAUCGUGUUGUGGUGCCUCUUAUCCCGAAUACUAAGUGGCGGUUUACGAAUCUUGAGGUUGAUCCGUUGGAGAAACAGGCUAUUAAGGAUUAUGGGAUUUUGUCGCUGGUUAAUGCUGUGCAGAGGAGGUAUGGUGUUGAGGCUGCGGAGUGGUUGGGAGAAGCGGUUCAUGUUGCGAAGUGGUGGAUUGAGGAGAAUUAUCGCCGUUGGGGGUAUGAUUCUACUGCGCCGAAGGAUCCUUAG